GCGGCGGCACCGGCGCGGCCGCGGGAGCAUGGGCAGGAGGAUGCGGGGCGCCGCCGCCACCGCGGGGCUCUGGCUGCUGGCGCUGGGCUCGUUGCUGGUGCUGUGGGGCGGGCUCCUGCCGCCGCGGACCGAGCUGCCCGCCCCCGGGCCGCCCGAAGACCGACUCCCGCGGCGCCUGGCCCGGAGCGGCGGCCCCGCGCCCGCGCCUCGCUUCCCUCUGCCUCCGCCCCUGGCGUGGGACGCCCGCGGCGGCUCCCUGAAAACUUUCCGGGCGCUGCUCACCCUAGCGGCCGGCGCGGAUGGCCCGCCCCGGCGGCCUCUGGGCGAGCGCAGGCGGCACGUGCCAGCUGGGCGGCCCCAGCUGGAGGAACGCGCCGCGGUGCACGGGGGUGUCUUCUGGAGCCGCAGCCUGGAGGAGCAGGUGCCCCGGGGCUUUUCGGAGGCCCAGGCGUCGUCUUGGCUGGAGACAGCCCGCUGCGCCCGAGUGGUGGCCCUGGAGCGCGGGGGCUGCGGGCGCAGCUCCAACAGACUGGCCCUUUUUGCCGACGGCACCCGCGCCUGCGUGCGCUACGGUAUCAACCCGGAGCAGAUCCAGGGCGAGGCCCUGUCCUACUACCUGGCCCGCCUGCUGGGCCUCCAGCGCCACGUGCCGCCGCUGGCACUGGCCCGGGUGGAGGCGCGGGGUGCGCAGUGGGCGCAGGUGCAGGAGGAGCUGCGCGCUGCGCACUGGACCGAGGGCAGCGUGGUGAGCCUGACGCGCUGGCUGCCCAACCUCACGGACGUGGUGGUGCCCGCUCCCUGGCGCUCGGAGGACGGCCGUCUGCGGCCCCUGCACGACGCCGGGGGCGAGCUGGCUAACCUCAGCCAGACGGAGCUGGUGGACCUGGUGCAAUGGACCGACUUGAUCCUCUUCGACUAUCUGACAGCCAACUUCGACCGGCUCGUAAGCAACCUCUUCAGCCUGCAGUGGGACCCGCGCGUUAUGCAGCGCGCCACCAGCAACCUGCACCGCGGUCCCGGCGGGGCGCUGGUCUUUCUGGACAAUGAAGCAGGCUUAGUGCACGGCUACCGGGUAGCAGGCAUGUGGGACAAGUAUAACGAGCCGCUGUUGCAAUCAGUGUGCGUGUUCCGCGAGCGGACGGCGCGGCGCGUCCUGGAGCUGCACCGCGGGCAGGACGCGGCGGCCCGGCUGUUGCGCCUCUACCGGCGCCACGAGCCUCGCUUCCCCGAGCUGGCCGCGCUCGCCGACCCCCACGCUCAGCUGCUACAGCGCCGCCUCGACUUCCUAGCCAAGCACAUUUUGCACUGUAAGGCCAAGUACGGCCGGCGGCCGGGGACUUAGCAUCAUCCGGAGGAAGAGAGAGACCCGGGACUGGAGUACGGAUGUUGGGGGAAGGGCCAUCCCCUCUACUACCUUAUGGGACCACCCGGCCAACGCCCACCCAGUGGCCUGAGCGCAAAGGUGUCUAAAAACUUCAGCUUCACCCACCCGCCCCUUUCCUUCAGUCCCACGCUGUUCCCUUUCAAAGUUCUGGGAGGACAAACUCACCGAGGCGAGAAGUGUAGCAUUCCCUCCACCCAGCUUAUAAAAGGAUUAUUUUCUGUGCCAACGCAGAGCUUGGAUUAGAAGAAACUGGCUGCUGGGUUUGGCCCCCCGGGUGGCUGUCUCUGGGAGGUGCACCCAAUUCCUUGACCCCCCCCCUCAUUCCCUUUCUGAAAAAGGAAAACUUCCGUUUGAGCCGUUGAGCUAAUUCUUGAAAUUUCCUACCAAAUGCAGCGCUGGUGGCCUAGCCCGGGAGCAGGGCUGUGACAUUGGCUGGUGGAGCCCCCUUCCUGUGUUCUCCCUUUGUUCCAGCGCCGUGAUGGUGAGAUCACUGUUCAGAGUAGGAGGACGGCUUCCGAUAGGACAAAGAGUGCAGGACCUCCUGACUCUGGGGAGCCCAGCAGACUAUGACAAUUUGUCUGACUCAUUCCUGACCUCUUGUCAUUUUGGCCUGAAGGCUAUGAAUUCAGGACCCAGCUGUAUUAACUGAGUAAAAUAAUGAAUUUCUUCUUCCUUCCCCUCCCAGCCACCAAAAUUGACAAUGAUGAUGUUCACCAGAAGAAAAAAAAAAUCAGUUUCAUGCACUUUACUUUGUUUUUAUUUUAAUUUUUUAUUAAGAAAAACUUUUUUAUUUGACAGAAUUUGCCUUCUAUGUAUAUAUGUGCAUAAAGUGUGGUGUAAA